UGUAAGUAAAUGACCAGAGGAGUAAAGAUGGCGUUGGUCGGGAUGUGGAUUUUAAAUGAAUGCUUUUAACUGUAUUUGAUAGUAACGUGACGUUAUUUUAUCAUUGCAUGACGGUCAUCUGACUAUAUAACCCGGUAACGGAGCACACUUCCAGGAUGACCAAUGGGUCUUUGGUGGUGAUCGGGAAACGGACGCAUUCCUUUUCGCAUUGUCUGUUUGCUAGCUAGCUGUCUGACGUCGCUACUGUACGGGGGCCGGAGCGCGUAAGACAGUCAGCGGGAUAACUGCUAUUAUCCAGCAGCAGACCUCGUUGACAGAUAAGUGGUGACAGACAGGUAUGCAUAUAGAGAGACAGGAAUCGGUUAAGUCUCAGUCGGUUGAGGGACACAGAUAAGGACAGGCUGGCAGCUGAACAAGCUUAUGGACUUUCUCUGAUGUCUAAGCUGAAACGUUAACCCCAGACUCCGGUCUCAUCUAGUGAAUAUGAUUGGUUCUCCAGACGUGGUGGCGUUCACCAAGGAGGAUGAUUUUGGGGACGGUGGGUACUCUGACCCAUGGGUGGUCCCAGAGGAGUUCUCUGUGCCUCUCUUCCCACAGGCUAACAACGCCAACCCCUGGGCUAAAACAUCCUACGCCAAGUUCACCAAGGACUUCAUCCUCAUAUCAGAGUUCUCUGAGCAGGUGGGCCCCCAACCUCUGCUGACCAUCCCAGAUGACCCUAAAGUGUGUGGGACCUUUGACCUCAACUACUUCAGUCUGAGGAUCAUGUCUGUGGACUACCAGGCCUCAUUCGUAGGACACCCUCCUGGCAGUGGGUACCCACGCCUCAGUUUUGUGGAGGACUCCCGUGUGGUGCUGGGUGACUCUAAAGAGGGGGCGUUUGCCUACGUUCACCACCUGACGCUGUACGACCUGGAGGCCCGUGGCUUCGUCCGUCCCUUCUGCAUGGCCUACGUCUCCGCUGACGAGAAGAAGAUCAUGCUCCAAUUCGAGGAGCUGUCGCUCCGCUUCUCCCGUGCCUCAGAGUGCCUGAAGACCGGAAACCGUCGGGCCUUCGCCCGCGAGCUGCAGAGGAAGCUGAGAGACUUGGAUUACACACGAUCUGUCCUGCAGAAGGAGGAGGGGUUACAGAGAGAGGCGGGGCCACAGGGUUGUUACUCCGCCCACGUGGUGGAGAAAGCCAACGAGCUGGCAGCGGUGGAGAAGAGCAUCUACGAGCACCGGGACCUGCUGAGGCAGAUCACAUCGUACCCGCUGCGGCCCCGCCGGGACCCCCACGCCGCACACUGUCAGCACUGUGUGACGGAGUCGCGGAGGCACACCGACACACACGGGCCACACACUCCACACACACCCCCCGACUGUGGCCCGGGGUCGCGGGGGGAGCAGGGCGAGAGGAGGCAGUCCUACACUCCCCAGCUGAUCAAGGGCAAGUCGGCCAAGUGCUUCGACAAGCGCCUGAAGACGCUGACGGAGCUGUGCGAGGAGAGCUUCUACGGCGCCACUGUGGAACUGCUCACUGACACCGAGCGGUGUUUCCGGGGGGACCUGUGCUACCUGCACACCCGCCGCCUGGACCGGGCGCUCCGCAGGAAACAGAACGUCACCAACUUCCUGUUCGAGGAGGAGCUGGGAGAGGAGGAGGAGGAGGUGGCGGCGCUCGGACGGAUCUUCUGCUCUCUGACACACACGACGGGGACGGACUCGCACAACCCUUUCGUCGUGUUGUGUCCCGUGCCACUGGAGCCCGGGGAGGUCCUGGAGGAGAACCCAGCCGGCCCUGCUAGCUUUGCCCAGCAGAGGGAGGACCUGCUUGGGGAGGAGAGGCUGGAAUCGACGCUGUCCGACCUGACCAUGGAGACCCAGGACCAGGAGAGCUCUGAAGAGAACAAGGACAGUUUCGGCAGUGACAGGAGUGGAGGAGAGGAGCCAGGAGGAGAGGGAGUUGGAGAGGGAAAAGCAGGAGAUGUAGAAGGGGAGGAGAGAGAGGAGGGAAAAGGAGUAGGGCACCCUGAUUCUAACCCUGCAGAGAAGGAGAGCAGCAGUGAGGAUGGAGGUAGCAGUCCAGGGGAGGAGGACGGAGGAGAGGAGGAGGACCAAUCCCCUGUCUUUCUGUUGGAGGAGGAGGCAGGGAGGAGGAAGACAGAACGUGUUUGUGAGCCUGAGGCAGGGACUGAGGGAGGCUCAGAGGCUCUGGUCCAGAUGGAUACAGCCUGCUGCAUGUCCCAGGAGGGCUUCCUCUACGACCCGUCUCCCCCAGACAUGCUGCCUGGUCCUGGGCUUGGCCCAGGCUCUCUGCCCCUACCUUUGGUGGUCAACCAGGAGCCCCAGGCCAUGCUGCCUGUCCAGGGGGCCUAUGGCCUGGGCUCUCCCCGCUGCCUGAGCCCUGGGGCUGGGCUGGACCUGUCUGUGCCCUCCCUGGGCUCCGACUGUACCAUGUCAGCCUCCACAGGGUCGGAGCAGACCGGCUCUCCUCUUGGGUAUGGGGGCGUGGUCACGCUGCGACAAAGGAAGAAGGCGGGCCAGGGGGCACUCAGGUUUGUGCGUCAGUACCCGUUUGCCCUUCAGGCUCUGUGGUCGCUGCUAAGUGGUCGGACCCUGGUGGUCCUUGGGUCAGAGGAGGGGAGGGUCCGGAGGCUGGUGUCCGCUCUAGCCCUCUACGUCCCUGGGCCAGGACGCUGUGGGGAGAGGGUCCAGCCAUGGCUCUCCUGCCAAUUCAGUCUCACUGACUUGCAGAGGUGGAAACUCAUCGGACUGCAGAGGAUGGGCUCACCAGUGGGGACCAGCAUGCUUUGCUCCCUGUCUCGCUACAGUCGCUACAUCUCUGUCCUUGACGCCGACCAGAAGACGCUUCGUUGCCCCGGCUACCGCGGGAACCUCCUUUCCAACAUGGCGGACCACCGCACACACCUCCGGCGUGGCUCCACCUACUUCCUGCACCUACAGAGCAUGCUCAGUAGCAUGGCGGCCCGGGCCUUCCUCCUCAGCUUCACUCACCACCUCCACCUACCCAUCGUCGCCAAUGAAACGAGACGAGAGGUAGAGGAGAGGAGGCGGGGCUUCCUGAAAGAUCAGCUGGGGCUGACCGACGACGACUGUCGAAUACUGCUGUACCUCAGUCACCUGAUCACACAGCGCUACCUGGAGACGGAAACUGGGGGCGCUGUCAAGACACGCCCCAGCCUAGAGGCUAACAGCACAUCUGUUACCACGCAGCAGGACCCAGUGUCUGUAACCACACGUGACCAUGCCACUGGAGGCGCGGCAACCCCAGGAGAAUACCUUGACGCUGACGCUGGGGGCACUACCACACAACUGGACCUGGAAUCUGUGAGAAUAUUAGAACCUGCCACUGUGGUAAUCUCAGAGCCGUGCCUGGACCCUGCUAACGGAGGCGAUGCCACCCGAGAGCAGAACAGGAACCCUGCCCCUGAGGGCACUGUAACCCCAGAGCAGUACCUGGACUCUGCCACUGGGGGCGCCCAAACCCCAGAGCAGUACCUGGACCCGGCCACUGGGGGCGCCAAAACCCCAGAGCAGUACCUGGAACCUGCCACUGGGGGCGCCAAAACCCCAGAGCAGUACCUGGACCCUGCCACUGGGGGCGCCAAAACCCCAGAACAGUAUCUGGACCCUGCAACAUCUCUGUCUGCCACUAGACGGAAGGUUCCAUCCAGCUUCACCUUUAACUACACCACCAGCCAAGUAUUCAAAAUCUAACCUGAAACACCUGGCAUCACUGAUCUCAGUGGGUUUUUCAUGAACGACUGGUGUGUCCCUCUGCAUAGUAACUGGAGAGUUCGAGGGUGUGAAGUGAAUGUAUUGAAUAUCAGUCACCAAGAGUUGGUCUUUGGUCUAAGAGAAAACUCUGUGUGUGUGUGUGUGUGUGUGUGUGACGAUCAUGAUGCAUGUGUGUCUAGUGCCGUUCCGCCUUUUUUGCAUGUUGUCCAUAGAAACACAGUAUUACUACAGUACUACUAAAAUAUUACUACUGUAUUACAAUAGUACUACUACAGUAUUACUAUAGUACUACAACACUGGCUGGCGGCAUCCACGGUGUCCAUAGCAACCAUGGGACAUCGACUGCUUGGACACUUUUUAAGCUACUAAAUGUGACGUACUGCACAGUUGUCUAAACGUUGUCUGAAGGUUCUAAGUUUGUAAGAGUGUUGUGCUGUCGGCAUGAGGGUGUAACAGGUGUUAGCCUUUAAAUGUUGAGACAAGGACUAUUCACAGAGACAUUUUACAGACAUACAUUCACAGAGACCUAUUACAAACAGACAUUCAUAGAGACAUAUUACAGACAGACAUUCAGAGACAUAUUACAGACAGACAUUCACAGAGACCUAUUACAGACAGACAUUCAUAGAGACAUAUUACAGACAGACAUUCAGAGAGACCUAUUACAAACAGACAUUCACAGAGACCUAUUACAGACAGACAUUCAUAGAGACCGAUUACAGACAGACAUUCACAGAGACCUAUUACAAACAGACAUUCAGAGACAUAUUACAGACAGACAUUCACAGAGACCUAUUACAGACAGACUUUCAUAGAGACAUAUUACAGACAGACAUUCACAGAGACCUAUUACAAACAGACAUUCACAGAGACCUAUUACAAACAGACAUUCACAGAGACCUAUUACAGACAGACAUUCACAGAGACCUAUUACAGACAGACAUUCAUAGAGACAUAUUAUAGACAGACAUUCACAGAGACCUAUUACAGACAGACUUUCAUAGAGACAUAUUAUAGACAGACAUUCACAGAGACCUAUUACAGACAGACAUUCACAGAGACCUAUUACAGACAGACAUUCACAGAGACCUAUUACAGACAGACAUUCAUAGAGACCUAUUACAGACAGACAUUCAUAGAGACAUAUUAUAGACAGACAUUCAUAGAGACAUAUUAUAGACAGACAUUCACAGAGGAUUAUCUCCAGUGCCAUACAGUUACCACCUCAGUGAUGUCAUCAUUACAUCAAGACCUAAAGAUGCAUUCUGUGCGUAUUCUGGCCACUGGUUGUAAAAGUGGCAUUGUCAAGCCAAAACAGAUCUCUGGAAAUUGUGUACUUUUGACAUUUACAUGAUGAUAUGUGCCCCAUUUCAUCAAAAUCAUUGGCUUUCAAACUUGGAAUAUCAUGUGUAACUGAGGUGAUAGUCAUUCUAAUUAUAGACGCCAUGAUUGGGUGUCCGGUAUAUCUGUCCUGAAGAUAUCCAGCUGUCCUGAAUAUCAGCAACAAGUAUUCAACAAUACUGUGGUAUAAGCACAUAUACACAACAUAUUACACAUGCAGCCCAAAAUGGGGGGUUUUCAGACUGCAUCUUGAAGUAACUGACGUAAGUGAAAAUCUCAUUCUUAAAAGGACUAUAAAUCUACCGCCGCAACAGAGUACCUAACCUCAGAGAACCUUAUUCAUGAUCCAUGAAAACAUUGAAGCAACAUCAGAACAUUCUCCCAUAUCAUUGAAGUAACCCUGACUGAUGGUUGUGACGAUCUUUACUAUAGAGCUGUUGGCUCAUUCCAUCCACACAUACCUUAAAUCACUUUCUGUGUUGUGACAUUCUCUUUCAAAAACCACACUUAUUUAAGCCACUUUUUCCACUGUAGUUCUAGUCAUAGAACUCUUCCUUUAUUCUAGUCAUAUAACCCAAUUCCUUAGUUCUUGUCAUAUAACUCCAUUCCUUUAUUCUAGUUAUAGAACUCUGUUCCUUCAUUCUAGUCAUAGAACUCCGUUCCUUUAUUCUAUUCAUAGAACUCCGCUUCUUCAUUCUAGUCAUAGAACUUAGAUUCUUUAUUCUAGUCAUAGAACUCCAUUCCUUUGUUCUAGUCAUUGAACUCUGCUUCUUCAUUCUAGUUAUAGAUCUUCGUUCCUUCAAUCUAGUCAUAGAACUCUGUUCCUUCAUUCUAUUCAUAGAACUCCGUUCCUUCAUUCUAGUUAUAGAACUUUGUUCCUUCAUUCUAAUCAUAGAACUCCACUUCUUCAUUCUAGUUAUAGAACUCCGUUCCUACAUUCUAGUUAUAGAACUCCUUUCCUUCAUUCUAGUUAUAGAACUCCGUUCCUUCAUUCUAGUUAUAGAACUCUGUUCCUUCAUUCUAUUCAUAGAACUCUGUUCCUUCAUUCUAUUCAUAGAACUCUGCUUCUUCAUUCUAGUUAUAGAACUCCGUUCCUUCAUUCUAUUCAUAGAACUCUGUUCCUUCAUUCUAUUCAUAGAACUCUGCUUCUUCAUUCUAGUUAUAGAACUCCGUUCAUUCUAUUCAUAGAACUCUGUUACUUCAUUUUAUUCAUAGAACUCUGCUUCUUCAUUCUAGUUAUAGAACUCUGUUCUUUCAUUCUAGUCAUAGAACUCCGUUCUUUCAUUCUAGUCAUAGAACUCUGUUCUUUCAUUCUAGUCAUAGAACUCUGUUCUUUCAUUCUAGUCAUAGAACUCCGUUCUUUCAUUCUAGUUAUAGAACUCCGUUCCUUCAUUCUAUUCAUAGAACUCUGUUCCUUCAUUCUAUUCAUAGAACUCUGCUUCUUCAUUCUAGUUAUAGAACUCCGUUCAUUCUAUUCAUAGAACUCUGUUCCUUCAUUUUAUUCAUAGAACUCUGCUUCUUCAUUCUAGUUAUAGAACUCUGUUCUUUCAUUCUAGUCAUAGAACUCCGUUCUUUCAUUCUAGUCAUAGAACUCUGUUCUUUCAUUCUAGUCAUAGAACUCCGUUCUUUCAUUCUAGUCAUAGAACUCCGUUCUUUCAUUCUAGUCAUAGAACUCCGUUCUUUCAUUCUAGUCAUAGAACUCCUCUUCUUCAUUCUAGUUAUAGAACUACUAUGGUCAUUCCUUAAGUAGAAUAGCUCUUAAAGUUCAAGAAGUUUAAUGUUUUUUAUUUUCUUCUUUUGAUUGUUAUACAGAUUGUCUAAAAUGCAAACAGAAUGUAACCUAAAGAUAAGCCAUACCACACUGUGUGUGUGUGUGUACGUGUAUGCGUUUACGUGUGUGUUUUUGUGCUUAGGGUUAGAUUAAGGGCUCAACUCAGUCAAGGCCUCAUUGCAGUAUUUAUGCAGUUGCUCUUUUUCCAAUGAUCAAAUUGACUCAGACUGCUUUUGAGUACUGUACAAAAACCUAAAAAUACUACCAGGGAGAAACUAACUGGUCUCUCCCCGAAUGGAUUCUUUCAGAGUUAAUACCUUGAACCCUUUCUCGAAGACUUGUCCCAAGUAAAUCACUUGUGUGAAACAGAAAGUCCUGCAGAUUUAUGUGGCAGAUUGAAAUCAACAGUGUUGUUUUGUUUCCUAAACGAUUCAGCUAGAUUACAUUUGUGAUUAAACAUGAGAACAGAACUGUUUUAAGUGGCACAGCCUACCUUUUAAACACUGUCUAUGUAGUAUUCAAUAUUUUAUUUUAAUUCCAUUGAGAUAUUUAUGCAGAUUUUAUUGUAGGAAAAACAGUGUUAAUUUGUUCGUGACAAUUUUAUUGUAAAAGACAUCCCACUGCUCUGUGGUGCUUUAGGCCGGGUUUCUGUCUAAGAACUUUGAGGUAAAGCCUUUAAAAAAUAUGUUUUAUUGUUUUUAGUGGUGUGGAUUCCCCAUACUAUCCCUGACAUGGAGAAUUCCACUCUUCUGAAUAAGAAAUGCAGGCCCAGGUUGAAUAUUGGAAAAGAAGAGGCUGCUUUAAAAUUGCCAUGGUGGGUUUGAAUGAAUCCCAGCUGACGUAAAUUCUGCCUUAACCUGUGAAAACUGACAACUCGCAUAGCAGUUUCAUAGCCUAAAUAAAUACAACACCGGAUGUGCAAGUUCCUACUGUUAACAUUUGGAUGUGGCGAGUUGCAUUAUUAGGGUUUAGUUGUCCACAGCCAGCCUUAUAAAGCCAUUAAUCGCACAUAAAUCCUUAUUAACUGCAGCCUCUCCUGUGCUACAGACCUACUCCGAAAUGGCAGCUGUGCAGGUGUCAGCCCGCGCUGGUUAAUGUUUGAGCCGAUUGAACCCAGGCCUUAAUGUGGUUUUUCUUUCGUGUCCAUUUUAACGCACCUUAUUCUGUGUCUGUAUUCAGUUUUGCAGCUCAGUAUUUACUACUGAUCACAUAACUAGAGGCGGAUUUAGGAUCAGCCCUCACUCCAGUUGUCAGCACUGUGGAUCCAUCCGUGUUAAACUGAGCUGGAUAUUCCCCUGUACAGUGGAUCCAUCUGUGUUAAACUGAGCUGGAUAUUCCCCUGUACAGUGGAUCCAUCUGUGUUAAACUGAGCUGGAUAUUCACCUGUACAGAGGAUCCAUCUGUGUUAAACUGAGCUGGAUAUUUCCCUGUACAGAGGAUCCAUCUGUGUUAAACUGAGCUGGAUAUUACCCUGUACAGAGGAUCCAUCUGUGUUAAACUGAGCUGGAUAUUCCCCUGUACAGAGGAUCCAUCUGUGUUAAACUGAGCUGGAUAUUCCCCUGUACAGUGGAUCCAUCCGUGUUAAACUGAGCUGGAUAUUCCCCUGUACAGAGGAUCCAUCCGUGUUAAACUGAGCUGGAUAUUCCCCUGUACAGAGGAUCCAUCCGUGUUAAACUGAGCUGGAUAUUCCCCUGUACAGAGGAUCCAUCCGUGUUAAACUGAGCUGGAUAUUCCCCUGUACAGUGGAUCCAUCCGUGUUAAACUGAGCUGGAUAUUCCCCUGUACAGUGGAUCCAUCCGUGUUAAACUGAGCUGGAUAUUCCCCUGUACAGUGGAUCCAUCCGUGUUAAACUGAGCUGGAUAUUCCCCUGUACAGAGGAUCCAUCUGUGUUAAACUGAGCUGGAUAUUACCCUGUACAGAGGAUCCAUCUGUGUUAAACUGAGCUGGAUAUUCCCCUGUACAGAGGAUCCAUCUGUGUUAAACUGAGCUGGAUAUUCCCCUGUACAGUGGAUCCAUCCGUGUUAAACUGAGCUGGAUAUUCCCCUGUACAGAGGAUCCAUCCGUGUUAAACUGAGCUGGAUAUUCCCCUGUACAGUGGAUCCAUCCGUGUUAAACUGAGCUGGAUAUUCCCCUGUACAGUGGAUCCAUCCGUGUUAAACUGAGCUGGAUAUUCCCCUGUACAGUGGAUCCAUCCGUGUUAAACUGAGCUGGAUAUUCCCCUGUACAGUGGAUCCAUCCGUGUUAAACUGAGCUGGAUAUUCCCCUGUACAGUGGAUCCAUCCGUGUUAAACUGAGCUGGAUAUUCCCCUGUACAGAGGAUCCAUCCAUGUUAAACUGAGCUGAAUGUCUUAUCCAUGCCGUUAGGACACUGAUAAUUAUUCCAUUAAUUUAUUGAAUGUUGAUGACUGUGGAAUAUUGAAACUGUCGAAGCCAGGGGGCUGUGAGGACGGACACGACUUCUGAUCAUCAGUAUUAAAGAUCAAACACCUCCUGA